AUGGGUUGGAUAGCAGCAGGGUGUUGCACGCUAAUAGCUGGAUAUGUUUUGUAUAAAUACUUCGUUCAAGAGAAUGUGGCCAAGGACGAAAAACCACCGACCAAAUUAAGUCAUGCGCCAGUUCCUGAUAUACCAGUCGAAAAUCAAACAGAAGACCGGGAUCCUGCCCCGAAGUUGGGCCACGAUGAACCCCCAGCUGACGAGCCGAUAUCUUUCAAGGUCCCAUCCCUCCUCGUAAAGCUUUCCAAGGCAGAAUCAGACAUCCCGACCACACAAGAGGUGGAGAAGCCUUCGCCCAAACCAGAGACACCACAGAUAUCGAAACCAGCUCCGCCACCAUCACCGGUCUUGGACAGGUCAUCAAGUCCGCCUCGUCUGAAACCUCCCACUUUUGGCAGUAUGCCCAUGUCAGUACCAGCUCGACCUGGCAGCGGGUAUGUUCGUCCACCUCCGUCUGCAGCGGCUUCUUUUCGGGCACCUACGAAAGUCCUUCCGAAUGCGUCCGCGGCCCCAACUUCUUCAAUCAUGCCGCCAGGAAAGCAAGUCUCGCGGAAGGUUAUUCUCGAACCAGGCCACUCGCCUCUCGACUGGGCGGCCCUCACUUCCAACUCAAAGAGUCGCCUGCGAGGCAAAGACGCCCCAGGAAACCUAAUUCGGGUCACACCUUCGCGGCUUAAGCAACAGGAUGGCCGGAAAGGAAGAGAUGCCUGGACAGUAUAUCAUGGAAAAGUGUACAAUAUCACCCCAUACGUUCCCUUUCAUCCUGGCGGGCCAGGUGAGAUCAUGAGGGGAGCCGGGAAAGAUGCUGUUAAAUUGUUCAUGGAGGUACAUCCUUGGGUUAACUGGGAUGGGAUGCUGGGCGAAUGUCUCGUCGGCAUACUGGUGAGCGAAGAGGAAGAAACUGCUGACAAGAGUAGCGGUUUAGACCGCAUGGACUAA